AUGCCACAACAAGCCCCGGACGAGUCCCCCGUCAAUAACGGUAUAAGGUCUCUUAUGCCCGCACCAACCGAGAUGCCUGCAACCUACACACAUCCCAUACUAUCUCCGCCAAACACCGGCCGUGACGUUUCGUCUUCACCUCCAGAAUCCCUCAGCCGGCCUCCGCUGUCCGUCUUGCAAUCAUACGGCUCUUCUAUCUCCUCUUCAGCUUCUGUGAGCAAGUUACUACUUCGAGAUUAUGCCCGCACCACGGAUUCAUCUACCACAGACCAAGAAAUUCAUGUGAGGGAAACAUCAGUGGUUGAGCCUCAGUCCGCGGGGACUAUUCCAGUGCAGCAACAGGCGGAAGCGCAGCGUUUGGCACCAGCAGCAACAGACAAGUCGGUUACUUCGGCACCUACAUCGCCGUUUCUUCCUUUGCGAUCAUUCCGCACACAUCGACAGGGCAAUUUAUCCUUGGACACGAUACCGCGGCAGACCAUUAUGAAGGCGCUAGCAUCGAGGCCGCCUCUGAAUGGCACCACGCCGUCAUUUACUCUGACUUCGUCUCUAAACGGAGUUUUAAAUGGGUCAACCCGGCCCAACGCGGAAGAGACAGAACAGCAAGAGAAAGACGGCACGUCUAAUUCUCAAAAAUUGUCGGCGGCAUUGUGUAACCUACAAUCUCAGUCUACAGGUUAUUCGGACAAGUCUUCGGCGACGGCCCGACUAGCUCUACAAUCGCCAUGUUUCUUCCAUCAGCGAUUCGAUGAUGCCGUCAAUAUUCAGAAAGUACUUGAAGAGAUAGCAGACGAUGAAUGGUUAUCGCAUUCACGUCUAGUACAGACGGCGACGGGAGUUAGAGAAGUAUCGAAACAGCUACAACGACGGCCUAUCAAGCGCGCCGUUAAAACGGUGAUGAUAGUCACAAAGGCGCGGGAUAAUCGGCUCGUCUUUUUGACUCGCGAACUAGCCGAAUGGCUUCUCAGUACCCCACGAUAUGGAAAGGAUACAGGGAUUACUGUAUAUGUGGACUCGAAACUGCGCAGCUCCAAACGAUUCGACACUCCAGGCCUUUUGGCCAAGGAUCCUCGCUUCGGGUCGAUGUUGAAGUACUGGACCCCAGAUUUGUGUUGGACAUCACCGGAGAAGUUUGAUCUGGUUCUUACCUUGGGUGGCGAUGGAACAGUUCUCUUUACUUCAUGGUUGUUCCAGCGUAUUGUACCGCCGAUUCUAUCUUUCUCAUUGGGAAGCUUGGGCUUUCUCACCAACUUUGAGUUUGAUAAGUAUAAGGAACAUUUGAAUCAAGUCAUGGGCGAUGGAGGAAUGCGCGUUAACCUGCGUAUGCGAUUUACCUGCACUGUCUACCGGGCAGACCGGAGCAAAGGCGCCAUACCCGGAGAUGUAGAAGAAGGCGAGCAAUUCGAAGUAUUGAAUGAGUUGGUCAUUGAUCGUGGCCCUUCGCCUUAUGUGUCGAAUCUUGAGCUCUACGGAGACAAUGAGCUUUUGACGGUCGUUCAAGCAGAUGGUUGUAUAUUUUCCACGCCGACAGGCUCUACCGCUUACUCACUUUCCGCUGGUGGCUCAUUGAUUCACCCAUCUAUUCCCGGCAUCUUGUUGACACCUAUUUGCCCUCACACUCUCUCCUUCCGACCUAUGGUCCUCUCCGACACUAUGCUUCUACGUAUUGCUGUACCUAAUCUUUCUCGGUCUACUGCAUAUUGUUCAUUCGAUGGUAAAGGCCGUAUUGAACUACGACAAGGUGACUACGUCACUGUCGAGGCCAGUCAGUACCCUUUCCCGACCGUUGUCUCUGGCGGCGGUGAAUGGUUCGAAAGCGUCCGUCGCGCUCUCAGAUGGAAUGUUCGCGGAGCCGUCCAGAAGGGCUGGAACGGAGAUGUCGAUGAGAACGCCGAGAAUGGACUAGACGAAGAAAAUGUCGACUUCGACAUUGACUUUGACAACGCCACAACCGGCACUGACAGUGGCGUUGGCCCGAGUGAAGAUGGCGAUACUUAUGGCAACGGAGCAGGCAGUCCGAUGAGAAGGCAGAUGACUGUUUCCGAGGAUCUGGGUCUGGGUCACUACACUGCUUCCCUGCUCAGCCUCAACGAUCUCGAUAUUUCGCCGGAUCAGCCCCACGCCGAUUCUUCGUCUUUUGCUGCCGGUGCGUCUAAGGACGAGGUGUAUGCUCAGGUAUUGGAACAAGCGACGGGAUUAGUUACUGGGCAAAGGAAUUGGGUUACCAACCUCGCAAAUGUAGCCUCAUUACUAUGGCACGGCUACGCUUCCCUCCCCAAGCCUUCCUCGGCCGUGAACUGGGCCGGCUUCUACGUCCGCGAUGACUUGUUCCCUCUGCUUGCGUCACCCAAGCGCUCAAACAGUAUUUCCGGCCUGACCACAACCACAAUCUCGACCAGCUACGCUUCGUCGCAUGACAAGAAGUUACUUCUCGGCCCAUUUCAGGGUAAGCCGGCUUGUCAGGAGAUUCGAUUCGGACGCGGAGUUUGCGGAACGGCAGCGCAGAACAAGGACACGGUUGUCGUGCCGGAUGUGUUGGAGUUUCCGGGGCAUAUUGCUUGUGAUGCGGAUAGUCGCAGUGAAAUUGUGGUUCCUAUCAUGUUUGAUGGCGAGACCGUCGCCAUUAUCGAUAUCGAUUGCACCGAGCCCGCUGGAUUCGACGACGUGGAUAAGAAGUAUCUGGAGCAACUGGCUCAGCUAUUGGCAGAGAGUUGCGAUUGUGACCACGGUCAGGCUUUUGAUAUUACUGCCGCCACUUCAGAUACUAGUGGUCCGGCUUUGCCUGGCAAGCCAACCACUAGCGCGCCUCGUAUUACUAUUGUGGAAGACUUAUCAUCUGCUUGUUCCCCCGCGAACAUGUCUGAUGGAGGAAGCGUUCUCGCUCCCUCGGUCGACCUUACCAAUAUGAAUAUGGAUCACUUCUACUCUCCAACUGUGACUUCAGUCGCUUCUACAUCUAUGUCGUCUUUACCCAUGACAUCGAUACCUUCACAAGACUUCCAUCCUCUUGUGACACAAUUCCACCAACAACAUCAACAACCUCUUCUCGCUCCCAAACAACAUACUCCUCCAUCAUCUUCCGUCUCGCCCGCUCUCAGCCACAUUCAUUCUAUCGACCUUGACAAUUCAAACAGCAAGAACACAAAGAAACGUUCUCGUGCUGAAUCAGCCGGUCUCGAUCUAUCAAGUAACAAUAGCGCCCAAGACUCCGAAGAAGAGCGCAUCGUUGAAAAACGUCGUCGCAACACCAUGGCUGCACGACGUUUUCGACAACGGAAACAGGACCAUGUCUCUGAUUUGCAGUCGCAGUUAGGCAAAGUUACGAAGGAGAGGGAUGAUUUGAAAUUACAGGUUGCGAAAUGGGAAGGUGAAGUUAUGGCGCUGAGAAAGUUGUUGGAGAUGAAGAAGUAG